AUGUUUCGAGGACGAGCCUUGUAUAUCGCGCAGGUGGUCUUUGUGGUCUUUCCCUCGUUCUUUCUUUUCGGUUAUAACCAAGUGAAUGUCGGAGGAUUACUCUCUUUCGAAAGCUGGACCAAAUCAUUCCCCCAAAUCGAUACCAUCCACACGAUAGCAGGGACCAAGUCUCAGAAUUCUGUCAUACAAGGCGUCUAUGUCUCCUCCUUCACACUCGGAGGACUAGCGGGCUCGUUGUCCUGCUCCUUCAUGGGCGAUGUGCUUGGUCGGCGAAGGACCAUCUUUGUGGGUGGAAUAUCCACUUUGAUUGGUGAAAUUAUCUCUUGCACUUCGUUCCAACUUCCACAAUUGAUUGUCGGACGUAUCAUCAUAGGCAUCGGCAUCGGUAUUCUCUUCACCAUCGUACCAAUCUGGCAAGCCGAAUGUUCGCAGCCAACAAAUCGGGGAAAGCAUGUUGUCAUCGAUGGCAUCUUUAUCAGCAGCGGCUACGCAACAAGCUAUUGGGUUAAUUUUGGGUUCUCCCACAUGGACCAGUACUCUGCAUCAUGGCGGGUGCCCGUGGCAAUGCCGGCUGUCCUGUCCAUCGCUCUGAUUUCAUCAGUCUUCUUAUUCCCAGAAUCGCCUCGCUGGCUCGUUCGUAUCGGUCAACGGGAUAAGGCAGUCAGAGAGCUCGCACGUAUCAGAGAUACUGGUUGCGACACACCCGAGGUCCAACGGGAGGUUGCUUCCAUUGAGUUUUCAUUGGAAGAGACUGCUCAAACAGCUGCCUCAUUUAGAGACAUCUUCACCAUGAAAGAUGGAAAACUCUUCUAUCGCUUUAUGCUGUGCAUGGGGAUACAGUUUUGGAUUCAAAUGACUGGCGCCAGUGUGAUCAGCACGUACACAACCACAAUCUUCCGUGAGAAUCUGGGCUUAUCUGGCCCCCUGUCUCGAAUCCUUGGCGCCAGUGCGUUGACUUGGAAGUUCCUUGCGUCUUUCGUUUCCUUCUUCACUAUCGAUCGCUUCGGUCGAAGGAAGUUGUUCCUCUUUUGUGGGGUUGGUGUAACGCUAUGCCAGGCAUGCAUGGCUAUUACAUCCAGCUUUUCAUCAAAGAAUCACGCCGCCUCCAUCGCCGAUGCAUUUUUUCUCUUCUUGUUUAACUUCUUCUUCCCCAUCGGACUUUUGGGGCCAAGUUUUCUGUACUGUACGGAGGUGGCACCGAUUAGGCUCCGUGUAGCCAUGACUUCUAUCUCAACAGCAAAUCACUGGAUUUGGUAUGUCCUUGCCCAGCCCCUUUCUGACCAACAAACUAAUAAAUGGCUCAGGAACUUUGUGGUACAAAUGGUUACCCCCGUUGCGCUGGCAAAUAUCGGGUAUCAGUACUAUAUUGUGUAUGCGAUCAUCGGUCUUACCUUCGUGGGAUCGGUCUACUUCCUCUAUCCCGAGACCAUGGGACGGAGUUUAGAGAGCUUGGAUGACCUGUUUCAACAUGAUAUCUCCAUCUUGGAAACAGUUCAGAUGGCAAACAAACUGUCCAAACUACCCCCGACCACAGGGAUCGCAGAAGUGGAGCUCAAGGGGCAGGUGGAGCAGGUGGAGUAUUCUGAGCAGGAUACGGUGUGA